AUUCAUUACGAAUUUUUCAUCAUGACUGUGACCUAUACCUCACGUGUGAGCACCUCGAGUGUUUUCAGUAAUUUCUUGGGUCUGCUGGUCAGAUGGCGCGGCAGUAUUUACAAGUUAAUAUGGUUGGACCUUAUUGUAUUUUUCGGAUUGUACUGUUUACUGGCAAUAACAUAUCGUCUGUUGGUAAAUGAAGAGGGAAAAAGGUUCUUUGAGGCCAUUAUGUCGUAUUGCGAGAAAAAUGGCUCGCUCAUUCCAUUAUCGUUCGUUCUGGGAUUUUUCGUGAGAAUCGUGAUGAACCGAUGGUGGGACCAAUACACCACCAUUCCUUGGCCAGAUGGAAUUGCCAUUUUGAUAAGCACCAGUAUCCAUGGCUCCGAUGAUAGAGCCAGGGUCAUGAGGCGAACUAUCCUUAGAUAUGUGUGCCUGUGCCAGGUGAUUGUAUUCACCAUGAUAUCACCGCGUGUCAAGCGCCGAUUCCCCACCUACACUCAAAUCAUUGAGGCUGGCUUUCUGCUGGAAAAUGAAAAGAAAAUCAUCGAGGCCAUGGAUCAGGCCUUCCCAAGUUAUCCGAAGCACUGGAUGCCCAUCGUUUGGGCAGCUAGUAUUGUGAUGAGAGCGCGGAGGGAGAAUAAGAUCCGGGAUGACUACGCCGUUAAGACGAUCAUCGAUGAAUUGAACCAGUUGCGCGGGAAUUGUGGAUUUUUGCUCUAUUACGAUUGGAUUAGUGUUCCGCUGGUCUACACCCAAGUGGUCACCGUGGCCACCUACUCCUUCUUCCUGUUCAGCGUCCUCGGACAGCAGUGGAAUGAAAGUCAUUCCGACGAGGAUGGUACCAGGAUCAGGAGAUGGUUUCCGAUCCUGACCGUUCUCCAGUUUUUCUUUUACAUGGGUUGGCUCAAGGUAGCCGAGACACUGAUAAAUCCUUUCGGAGAGGAUGAUGACGACUUCGAGCUCAACUGGAUAAUAGAUAGGAAUCUUACUGUUUCUUAUUGCAUUGUGGAUGAGAUGCACCAGGAGCAUCCGGAACUUGUUAAGGAUCAGUAUUGGGAAGAGGUCUUUCCAAAUGAAAUUCCAUACGCUCAGCCAAAAAUGCGUCAAAAUCCUCCAGCAGCUUCCACGGCCUAUAUGGAAUCGCAAUCAAAACUCCAAAAACGCCGUGAAUCUGCAAUGUCUACUCUUAGUACCCGUUCGCGAAACAACUUCCGACAAAACUUCCUGGGAAGACCAUCUGCCACGGGGAGCUACUCAGACUCCAUCCAAAUGGAAGAUGGGCCCUCGCGAGUGACCUUUAGUGAGAAUCAAUUUGAUUUGCCACAGGAUGACGCGAACAGCUCACACAAACCAUCGCAAUCCACAAUUGACUUCAACGAUUUAAUUGAGCAGCGUCGUCGCGAACGCAGGGAACGCAUUCGACACCGAUUUUUGGAUAUGCAAAGUACCCAUCUGCGCCACGAUACCUCCGGUGCACCUUACACGAUCACAGUUCUUCGUCCUCCAUCCGAUGAAACUCUGUCCGAGAGUCAGGAAGCAGGGGACAGAGCUCAGCAGGAUCCUUCGGGCAGCAAGGAACCCCCUCCAAAUAAAACGGAAAAGCAGGAUUAGAAUAAAACGAAAGAAAAAUAUUAAAAUCACAAUUUGUUUCUGUACAUUUUAAGGAUUCAUUUGUUAUUUCUUAGAUUCGUCACU